AUGAAGGAGGACGAUGUCUUGCCGGCGACGGCGACAAAUCCGAAGAAGGAUAGCUCCGAUUCGGUCUUGUUUGGAAGAGGUCGUUACAAGUUCUGUGCCUUUGCUGCUCUUAUGCUUCUUGCUUUUUGGUCUAUGUUCACCGGUACAGUCACUCUCCGGUUAUCCACCGAGAAUCUAAACCUGUUAUCGGAAGAUAUCGGGAUCCCAACAAACCAUGAGAAUCUCGACGUUCUGGAAAUGGAGGAGAGGGAGAAAGUAGUGAAGCAUAUGUGGGAUGUGUACACUAACAGUCGUCGGAUCAAGUUGCCUGAGUUUUGGCAAAAGGCGUUUGUUGCUGCUUACGAAGAGCUUAUCAGUGAUGUUACUGGGGUUAGAGACGCUGCUAUUUCUGAAAUCGCCAAGAUGUCGGUGGCUCAGAAAAUUUCUCUUGAUCGUACUCCUACCAGAUCAAUGAGUGCAAGGGAACUGGGAAGAAGCUUCAAGAAGAUUCUACACAAGCCAGCAGCAAGUAGCUAGGCUGAUGAUAUAUUUGUAACACACAUUUACUACAUAUAAUCCUAAGAUCAUUUCUACUUGCUGAAGCCAAAAGAUGAACUAUCAAAUGAGUAAUUCAUUUUGAGAGAAUCAAUAGCUCCUUUUGAGAUUCUAUCGAUUGGUAAUCACAUACAGCUACUUUCAUAAUUAUAUGUGUAUGUAGAAACAUGGAUCCUUAUAAUAUAUUCUUCUUCUUCUGAGA